AUGGACGAGGCUGGUGUGGAUUACAUGAUCCUUUCUCUGGCUUCUCCAGGAAUCCAGGGCAUCUCGGAUCCCGCGGUAGCCGAAGAACUGGCUACAAGAGCUAAUAAUGAUAUCGCCGAUGCAAUCGCAAACAACACUCUUCGCUUUGGAGCCUUUGCCGCGCUGUCUAUGCAUAACGCCAGUCAGGCGGCAUGCGAACUUCGUCGAGCCGUUCAGGACUUGGGCUUCCAUGGCGCGCUUCUCAAUGACUACCAGCAGUCUGGUCCCGACAAUGGUCAUCCAGCUACUCUGCUUUACUAUGAUAGUCCAGCCUAUGAUGAUUUCUGGAAGACUGUCGUAGAUUUAGAUGUCCCGGUCUAUCUACACCCCAGAUCACCCAUUUCGCAACAAAACAAGCUCGAUUUCGCGCACGCACCAUGGGUGAUUGGCGCACCUCACCAAUUUGCAGUGCAGUUGUCUACUCAUAUUGUUGGUCUCUGUACCAAUGGAGUGUUCGACCGUUUUCCAUCCUUGAAAUUGAUCGUUGGGCACUUGGGAGAACGCCUUCCAAGUGAUUUCUGGCGAAUUGACGAAAUGCUCGCCCGCAAGAAACCAGCCGGUAUGCCAAUGAAGAGAGACUUUUCAUCGUACUGGCAAACGAACAUCUACGAAACCGCGACUGGUAAUUUCUGGACUGAGCUUCUUGACUUUCACCGUACUCUUCUGCCAGAGGAUCACAUCUUGUACUCGGUGGACUAUCCGUUUAACUUGCUAGAAGAAGGGGCAUCGUGGGUCAAGACUCUGCCCUAUGACGAGAAGACUGUGCUGGACUUUAUUCGCAAUCAUGCCAUUAAACUCUUCAAACUUGAUGAGUAG